CACAUGGCGGGGGGAUUUGGGGGAUUGAUGAGGCCGACGGCAUCCGAAGAGACGAUGCACAUGCACUGACAGUCCUUAGGGAGACACCGAGACGCGCGUGCACAAAGGCGAGUAAUCACGCACACACACACAGUCACGUGAACCCACAUUGGAUAUGAUCCGCUCCUAGACUAUGGCACCGUCAGGUUCGCGGAAUGUCAAACGGAGCUGCAAGAGAGUUUUCUACUGGAUCCCGGUCCUAUUCAUCGCACUCAUAGUGGCUUGGUCGUACUACGCCUACGUUGUGCAGCUUUGUUUGGUUUCAGUUGAAGACACAUGGGAGAAGGUUGUCUAUUUAAUGGUGUACCAUGUCAUCUUCAUCAUGUUUAUUUGGGCUUACUGGCAAACCAUCUUCAGCAAGCCCAUGAACCCUUUGAGGGAGUUCUGCCUGUCUUACUCGGACAAGGAGCUGCUGGAGCGUGAAGACCGGGGUGAGUCUCAGCAGGAGAUCCUGAGGAGAAUAGCUAAAGAGCUGCCUAUCUACACACGCACCAACUCUGGAGCAAUCCGUUUCUGUGACCGCUGCCAGCUGCUGAAGCCUGAUCGAUGUCACCAUUGUUCAGUUUGUGAUGAAUGCAUUCUAAAGAUGGAUCACCACUGUCCCUGGGUGAACAACUGUGUGGGAUUCUCCAACUAUAAGUCAUUUAUGCUGUUUUUGGGAUAUUCCCUACUGUAUUGCCUUUUUAUAACUGCUACAGACCUUCAAUACUUCAUUAAGUUUUGGAUGGCUGGGGGUAAAGCCCAUUUUCGUCUGAAAGAAUACCUGAAUGGCUUUCCAGACACUCAGGCCAAGUUCCACAUCCUGUUCCUCUUCUUCUCUGCCUCCAUGUUCUCAGUCAGCCUCGCUUCACUUUUCAUCUAUCACUGCUGGCUUGUCUUCAAGAACAGAUCCACUCUUGAGGCGGUUCGUGCGCCAGUGUUUCGUCAUGGUACAGACAAGAACGGUUUCAGUCUGGGCUCCAGUAAGAAUUUCCGUCAAGUGUUUGGUGAUGAAGCCAAAUACUGGCCUUUCCCGAUUUUCUCCAGUUUAGGGGAUGGGUGCUCAUUCCCAACAUGCCUGGUGAAUAUUGACCCUGAGCAACCCUCUUCGCCCACUAGCUACAACCCUGCACAAAAAGGUACUGCAGAGGUUCGCCACUUCCCUUUCAAAUCAGUGAGGGAGAGUCAAAGCCGGUUGCUCAGCAAUACCGCCUCUUGGACUGAAAGUGACAUUGCGGCAGAUGACAAGAAUGGCACUAAUAACCCACUGAUGACCACAGAAAAUGAGGCAUAGGGAAACAGAUCUUCUAUUGAGAAGUUGUCAAGGACACUGCAAACAAGAAAAGAAAAACAUCAGUCAUCAUCCUGACACUAAACUGGAUUCAUACCUACAGUAUAUGUAAGAAAAUCCACACACCCGUUCAAAUGGCAAGUUUUUGUGAUAUAACAAAUGAUAACAAGAUAAUUAUUUACAUUUUUUCCCCACCAUUUAUGUGACCUAUAAUCUGAACAACUCAAUUGAAAAAAUAUUUGGGUGAAGAAAAAAAAAACUGCUAUAAUGUGGUUGCACACCUUCUUAUGACUGGAGAUGUGGCUGUGUUUGCAAAUACUGUUUCAAUACAAAUAACCAAUCACAUUCACGCUCAUAUUAAAUGGGAGUCAGCAUCGUUAAACCCAUCGUCAUUAACCCAAUAUGAAGUUCAGAUGUUCUAAAAUGCUUUUCCUGAAAUUUUUUGGAGUCACCUCUUACAGAAGAAUAAUCACCUUUAUUGUCAUGAACAUGCAUGCACACGAAAUUUGUUCUCUGCAUUUUACCAUCACAGUGAACACACUGGAGCAGGGGUCAGCUGAAGCACCCGGGGUAUCAGUAUCUUGCUCAAGGACACCACAGCUGUGAGUCUGGGUGAUGUUGGUGGAUGGUCCAGUUGAGGUCUUGAACCUAAAUCAUCCACAGCCACAGUGGCAGGUGAUGAUCUUAACCAUUGGGCCACAACUGCCCAGCACAAGCAAUGAACCUCAGAGAGCUUCCACCGUAUCAGAGAGAUCUCAUCAGGAGGGGUACAAAAUAAUUUCCAAGGCAUGAUAUGUACCAGUGAAGUCAGUCAUCAUCCAAUGGAAAACAUAUGGUACAACAGUGACGUUAACAAGAAUGUUAAAUAGACUGCACUUAUAUAGCGCUUUAGCUACACCACAUGGUCCCCAAAGCGCUUUACAAAGCCUCACAUUAACCCAUUCACACACAUUCAUCAGGGACGCUACCACGAGGCCGACAGCAACUGCUGAGCUACAGGAAUUUCUGGCAAGUACCGACCAGCUGUUUAGAACAUGACAAUAAUAAUCUUGCAUUUUCAUCAUAUGUCUGGGCUACGGGAUAAGGUGGCAUCAUAUAAGUCAUCUCACAGAGAAAAACAUCAACGCACUGCUACAUUUUGCGAAAACACACUUGAACUGCAUGUGGGAAAAUGUAUUUUGGUCCAAUGAAAGCAAGGUUGACAUUUUUGGCCAUAAUUCCUCAUGGUACAUUUGGUGCAAACACAACAGUGCUCUGCAUCAGAACACCACCAUGCCUGCAGUGACGCAUGAUAGUGGCAGCAUAAUGCUUUGGGGUUUUUACUGGGGCCUUAGUCAAGGUGGAGCGAAUAAAGAACAGUUGCAAAUACCAGUGAGUGUUAAAAAAAAAAAAAAAAAAAGGGUCAGGAACGGCCUACUUGAAGAGCUUAACUUUAUCUGAGGUGAUUCAGAGGCAUUGUCAUGAUGUCAGGUGUGUGGUGACUCACAUUUAACAUGAGCUUGAAUGUGAGUUGUUAAUUCUGAACACAUCACCAGUUAUAAGAGGGUGUUCACGCUUAUGCAACCACAUUACCUCAGUUGUUUAUUUUUAUUUCCCCUCUUGAAAAUGUCUUUUAUUCACCAUUGAUUUGUACAGAGUAUAAGUCACAUUAGUGGGAAAAGAUCUGAAAUUAUUUAUCUUGGUGUCAAUUUUUAUAUCACAAUAAAACGGGAUUUAAACAGGGGUGUGUAGACUUUUUAUAUCCACUGUAUAUGCCAGAACACGUACAAAUGUACUAUUCAACAACACCCCUAUGCAGCAUCUUAGAAUAGGAAAGCAACACAAACAUAAAACAAUCACGUCCAAAGGCCAAUGCUACACACGAACACCACCCAAAAAAAAUAAAUAAAAAAUAAAAAAGUAUGUUAAA